CUCAUGAGAACGGAAAGUGUGUGAUUGUCGUGCAUCCAAUUGCAGCUAAUUUUUCAAGAUCUUUGCACGCGUCCAUCAUGGCAUCCGCUGAAGAACUGAGUGUCUCUGCCCUUGUAUACGACUAUUUAUUAAAAAAAGACGCAUCGCUAGCAAAGGUUUUUCAAAAGAAAACAAAAGCGCCUGUACUCCCAAAAGGUGCACCAACGAUACAAGAUGUAUUGCAACACUUUCAAAAGACAUCUCCAAGAAAGUUAAAUGUAAAAGCACAAGCUAAAGAUAGUAGUUCAGAUUCAAGUUCAGACAGUGAGGAAGAAGCACCCAAAAAGGUCCCACAAAUAAAUGGUAAAGCUAUGAUUAAUACAACAACGAAAAAUAAACAGAAUGAAGCUUCUUCAGAGGAUACCACCAGCGAAGAUGAAAAACCAACACCAAAAGCAGCUGCAAAGAAUAAAAAUAUUGUCAAAGUACCAUCCAAAGCUGUACCGGUAAAGAAAAAAGAAGAUUCAGAUGAAAGCUCUUCGGAAGAUGAAGAAGAAACCUCCAAAAUACAAUCAAAAGCAUUAUCAAUGCCUAAAACAACGGAAGUAUCUAAGGCACAGGAAUCUUCGGAUGAUUCUGAUUCAGAUAGUGAGGAAGUAUCUAAAGCAAAUAUUUCCGCAAAAACUAGUACAAAAACCACUGUUGUACCUCAAGCAAAAGUUAAAACUAGUAAAAAUGAAUCUUCAAGCGAGGACAGCAGUGAAAAUGAAGAAGAAAGUCCAGUUAAGCCAGUAUUAAAAAAGCCAACACCUACCACACCUGUAAUAAAAACAUUAGAAAAGAAAGAAGAGUCCUCCAGUGAUGAUUCUGAUGACUCUUCAGAAGAAGAGAAUGUCAAACCUCAGCCACCAAUUAAAGCUAAACCAGUUGCUACCCCUGCUAAGGUUGUUAAAAAGCAGGAAUCUUCGAGCGAUGAUUCUGAUGAUUCUUCGACACAAACUCCUGCAAUAAUACCAGUUGCAAAGCAAGUUUCUAAGCCUGUCCAAGAAAAGAAAAAAGAAAAAGCUGGACAGCACAAGAAAGAAACAGAAACUCCUACUGCCCAAAAGAAAGCAACCAAAGCUGGAAAGCUAAACAAAGGUUUGCCAACAAAGCCUACAGUCACAGUAACAAAGGAAGAGUCAUCUAGCGAAGAAAGUAGCGAUGAAGAAGCAUUACAAGCAAAAAAGGCUGCUCAUCCACCAACACCGGUAACCAAGAAAAAAAUUCCAGACAAGAAGGAAGAGUCCUCUAGUGAAGAUAGUAGUGAAGAAGAAACAGCGGCCAAAAAACCUGCUUUUCUACCAACAGUAGCAGCUACCAAAAAAGUACAUGCUCAGAGGGAAGAGUCUUCUUCCAGUGAAGAUAGCAGUGAAGAAGAACCACCAACCAAAAAACCUGCACCUGCUAAAUUGGUAACACCAACUAACACUGUUGUAACUAAGAAAGCAGAAUCUUCUAGUGACGAUUCCGAUGAUUCUGAUGAGGAUGAAAAUGAAAAGCCAGGAAUGAAACCUGCAGCAAAACUGGCAGCAAAGAAAAAUGAGUCCAGUUCUGAGGAUUCGGAUGAGUCUGAAAACGAAGGGCCAGUCAAGACACCAGCACCUAUACUUAAAAAGCCAACAACAAAAGCUGCAUCUAAAGAAGAAUCAUCUAGCGAAGACUCUGAUUCAGAUUCAUCGGAAGAUGAAAAACCAAAAACUGCUAAAUCUACUGCAAAAUCAACUCCGGUUAAAAAAGGAUCAGAUUUAGAGGAAAAUGAUUCUAGUGAAGGAAAACAAAUGAAAUUACCAACACAAAAGGCAUCUAAACGUGAAAAAAGGAAACACAAGGAAAUAGAGCAAGGCCAGGAUGAAGAUGAUACAGAAAAACCUGCUGCAAAAAUUCAAAAAAAUAACUACAGUAAUUUUGUAAAGGCAAACAGUAGCUUCAAUGGUGAUAAGCAAGCAAAAAAUACUCCAUUUCGUCGCGUAAAGAACGAAGAUGUAGCGUUGGAUCCCAAAUUGGCAAACAAUUCUUUUGAAGCAAAGAGAGGUGCUCGUGGUUCUUGGGGAGAGAAAGCGAAUCAGGACCUCAAGUUCACGAGAGGCAAGUUAUUUCGUCACGAAAAGACGAAGAAAAAACGUGGUAGCUACCGCGGCGGUCAAAUAGAUACUAGCGUCAAUUCUAUUAAGUUUGACGAUUGAGUAAGCUGUUGUAAAAUAUAAAUGAACAUGUUUUAAUAUUAUUAGCUUAUAUAUAUUUAGUUAAGUAAACGCAUACAAGAAUUAAGCGCCUGUAAGCUUACUUUAAGGCACUUGAUUAGGAUUUUUAAAGUCACGACAUUAACACCGUUGUACUCGGUUAUUACGAAAUUACGUGGGAUAGUAUACAACUUUACUAUUACGUAAAAUUGUCGAAUUUUUAUUCUGUCAGUCAUUUCCACGUAGUUUCUUUUUAACAAUUGGUAUCUAUAAGACUGCAAUUCGACUAUGUCCGACAGAAACCUCUAUCACUUAUUUUAAUACCUGUAGUAUAAAUUAUUGAUGAUACUUCGACAUUGACAAACUAUUGUGUUAAAAAUUAAUGAAUGUUGUCUAUUUGCAAUAUGUAACAUAUUUCAUAAAUUUAUCGUUCCUAGAAUUAAUAGGAAGAUCGGCAUACGUCAUUUACAUACGUCGUCAUUAAAGCUUAGGUGAAAGAUGUUGCUUCAAUGAUUCUCACUUUUAUUAUGAAGCCUGUUAAGAAAGGAUUUUCCGCGGAUAUGUUCUCGAUGUGAUAUAGCAUUUAAUUGUAAACAGAAAUGUGUUUUGACAUUGCUGUUUUUAUAAUUAGCAAUAAGAUGUCGAGAGCAUAUCGGUGUUCAUCCGGCAAGAGUUGCAAAACGGUUUACAAAGUGAUGUUCGAAUAAAAAUUAUAAAUUUCUUCCAACGACAGAGUCUUUAUAUGAAUCUAUAUAAUAUAUAUAAUACAUAUACGCGACAUACAAACGAUUUAAUACAUUGAAUUGCAAUCAGAUGAAUAAAAAAGUAAUACCAAUACGUAUAAUUUCGGGCACACAA